AUUGAUCGAAAAUGACAAGAAGAAGGAGAAAAAAGUUGAUUAGAAACGAAAACGAGUAUAUUUUAACAAAAAAAAUAUCCAGAAAUACAAACGAUAGAUAUUAAACGGCGCAAACAUCGUUACGCGAUGUUUAAACUUAAUGGUGGUAUACGCUCCCUUUUUUGUACAAAAAUAUCGACAGUGCAGAAGUUACCGACCGAACAGAGCCCUGUGUAAACAUCGGAUAGAUUCGAUGUUCUCUCUCCCUCCCCCUCCUUUCCUCCUCCCGAUAUGAACAAUAGUUGGAAAUCGUUAUUGAAACGUGAACGUGGCGCGCAUUACACGCGAAAGGAACGAAAAGCCAGGGCUCGAAAACGCGUUAUUUAUCUCGAAACGCGUGCCGUUUUUAUCCGCGACCAAUUAUUCGAUCGACGAGGGCAGAUGUUUAUCAAUUACGGCCACGUUUUAUUAUCUCUCGAUCGAGAGAGAGAGAGAGAGAGAGAGAGAGAUUUUUGUUUAAAUUAUGUAAACGGAAACAAAAAUAAUUAAAAAAUACGUAGUUUAUUUAAAAAAAUCCCUUAUUCGUCCUUUCUUCAAUUUUUAAUAUUCAGAGAAUGUGCACGCUUGUCAAGUAUUAGAAAGAAAGAAAUAUGACUAUUUCCAAUAAUAAUAGAACUAGUAGGGAUUAGAAAGGACGAUAGGGAUAAGGAAGUGCAAGGUGGCAGGAAGGUUGCGCGGCGAAUACCUGAGUCGCAAAGGGUGCAGUAAAAGUUCAGGUAAAACCCGGAGCCAAGCUCUGAUUGGACGGAGGAAAGUGCGGAAAAACGUAUUUAAAGCCGUUUCCCGUGUCCGAGUUGGACAGUAAUCUGGCAAUACUCGGCAUAGAAGGAAGCAAAUUUCGAGAGAAUUCUUCCUCGCCGAAUUACACACUUACGACUCGUUCGUUCGAUUCGCGGUCGCAGAACGCCUAGUUGCCAAAUUUAGCUCUGCGCGCGAGCUCGAAUCACGCUACCGGUAAAGAAGAGUAGAGAUAUGGAAGUGGACGAAAGCCAGGACGCGACGGCGGGCGCUUCGAGCGCAUCGCGACCGCAACCGGCACCAGUCCAGAGGAAGGGCAGUUUUAAACAGUGCACGGCACGGUUCGACGGAAGCAGGGACGACUUGAACAAAUUUCUCGUUACGAUCUGCCUUUUCAAAGACAUGGAAAAGGUGAACGAGGACGUGGCCCUGCACGAGCUGCCACUGUUGUUCGAGGGGGAGGCGGCCGAGUGGUGGGAAGACGUCGGCGGAGACGUGGCGAAAUGGUCGGAUGCGAUGGCCAUGCUCCAAGACUCGUUCGCGCCCAAGAGAGCCGCCUACGAGAUAUACAGCGAGCUGUUCUCCUCGAAGCAGGACGCCAACGCUCCUACCGACGAGUUCAUCAAACAGAAACGCGCCCUCCUCGCCGAACUCCCCAACCCGCAUCCGGAAGAAGUGCAGAUCGAUAUGAUAUACUGGAUGUUGAAGAAACCGAUACGAAGGAAGAUAUCGAGGAACGCGAUAAUCAACUUCGAAGAUAUGAUCGAGAAAGCCCGUUACGUGGACAACAUGGAGAAGAGGAAAGCGUCGGGCAGCAGGCAGUGGGACGAGGAGACGAUGGCCAAGUAUUUCGCCAGAUCGUUGGUCAAGUGCCCCCACCACAAGCACAAGAAGGAGAAAUACUUGCACGAGAGGAACGAGGAGAGAUGUCACAAGUGUAACAAACGUAAACACAUCCACGGGAAAUAUAAAAACACGACGAUAAAUAUAGAGCGGUUCGCGUUGUGUACGUUGGACAGCAACACGCUGGAACGCUUUGCCUCGUGCAGCCUCGUAGACUCCAAGGACAAUACCUCGUCCUCGUCCUCUUGCCACCACCCGUCCCCCUCAUAAUUCCUUCUCCUAUCUCUUGUGUUUACUUUUCUAAAUAUGCGUCUGUAUAUAUGUACAUAUUUAUUUUAUCUAAUAAAUUUAAUUUCGUUAAUGUUGCGCUAGAUAUUCUUAAUAUUCUUAAUCUUGUAAUCUUAGAUUGUAAGGAGCGUGAAAUUUGUAUGAUUCCUAUGAUUAUGAUUCGUUGUAUCGUGUGGCAAAUAUCGUACCUGAUCGAAUCAAGUCACUGUUUUGAGUGAGAGAGAGAGAGAGAGAGAGAGAGAGAGAAUGAAGAGAUAAGAUGUAAAUAAAAAAUAACGCAAUAAAUCAUCAAUCGAUAUUAUUUAGAAUUAUUAAUUUUUCAUUUAAACUCAUUCUUCGUUCAAAGUUCCCCCCCCCCAAAAAAAAAUCCUCCAAUAUAGUUUAUUCCAUAAGGUAUAUAUACCCCACGCUCGUGGAAAGUUUACCCGAGAUCGAUUCGUUUGACGGACGUCAGAGGUUUCGCAAAAGUCAACAAAUACCUUCCCUUUGACCGAGGAGGGAAAAGGAAGGAAUCCAUCGAGCCUCGUUUACUUUUAAACCGCGACGAGUGAAACGAACGAGAGACCCGAGUUAAUAACCGGCUAACGUUCCACACGACCGACAUAUACUCUUAUACCCUUAUCUUAAAAAAACAAACCGUUCUAACUUCGCGUGGAAUACAAGUUUUUUCGAAUUUUUCAACUCGAAUAACAAUAAACUAUUAUAACCUCGAAUACAUAAUACUAAUGUAUAUAUGUAUAUAACAAUAAUAUACGUAAUGAAUGUAUAAUAAACCUUUGGUAUUAAACGGUGGAUUAUGGCUGGUUAAAUAAAGGAGGAAUAUACGCGAAUUCGUAUUUGACGAGCUGAAACAGAACAAACAGCUCGUCAAACGUGGAAGGAAGGAAGGAAGGAAGGAAGGAAGGAAGGAAAGUAAGAAACGACAUCGUGGGCGGAACGAUUCCGGUGGUAACGAACGAUAAACUUUCCCCAACACGAAAGGACUGGGAAAAUAUUUUCCAGCGGUUGGCAAGCGCCGCCUCGAUGGAUCCCCGGGGACUCGUUCCGAUCCUACGGAGACGAUACGCUCGCCUGAGGAACGGGCGGCAACACGUCAUAGAGUUGGAAACGUCGAACGGGAAGGAAUUUUAGUAUCCGUUCGAUCCACCGAGGAAUUUUUAACUCGCUCGAAUCUGACAAGGAUCUUCGAGCAAGCAUCUUCGCCAAUAUCUUCGCUUGGCUGUCCUCGAGUCGACGAUAAUUUAUCGCCCUCCUUCAAUUUUUCUUCCGCAAAAAGUAUCUUCGAUCCUUCUUCGCAAUAUAUAAGAAUUUACUCGAAAAUAGUUGAAUCGAACUACUCGAAUUUUUUUUUUUCGAGAAGUAAAAAAUAUUCUGGGGAUCGAGUUUAGUUUCUUUGUUAAAAUCUUUGCGCGACGAAGAAGGAAGAAUAUUUAAAUACACGAUUUCGAAGGGAAGGAAGCUUUUCUUUUCUUUGGGACGGAAAAAAGAAGAGGGGAGGGGGGGGGGGGAGAGACGAGAAGUCUGGAGAUCCUUGCAAGAAAAUUUAAUCAACGCGAUACAAGGCGAUAAUUCGGUAUUGUUCGGGGAGAUUGCAUUAAAUUGUCCAAUUAAGUUGGAAUCGAGUAAAACGGGCAAGUAAAUCGGACGUUGUUGAGCGCAUGACGGCAUACAUAGGCGAUACGCCGUCUGGCCGACAGUUUGACGCGAUCGUUUCAUUCGUAGCCGAAAGUGUAAUUGCCCGUUCGGAUGAAAGCCUCGUAAAGAGUUUCUGCCGCGCGAUUUCGAAAAUCCCGUGCUGACAGGUGCACACCCACUGUCAUAAAUGAAACAAACCCAGCAUUGCCCAACACGCUCCACGCCCCGCCGAUAUAUAAAUUUAAUGGAAUUUCAUGCCGAGCAAUCGUCCCCGCUGCAACAAUUAUCGUGCCACGUUGCCACGUUCGCCCUUUAAAUCACCUUACCUCUCGUUUCGUUCGUAUGUUUGGCAAAGUAUACGCUUUUUUUAUUUCGACGCAACGAUGUACGUAAAGAUAUCCAAUCCAAUAUAACUUCGCAUCGAAUUCGAAAAUUCUUCUACGUUUCGAUACGAUACGAAUUCGAUAUAGUAAAAUUAAAAAAUUCUUUUAGCUUACGUUUCAUGAUGUUAUCUUUUGCAAAGUAUACAUUUUUUAUCUCGA